UGGACAUGACACCAGGCACAGUGAGUCAGACGGCACAAGAAGGAGAGAGUGACAACAGAAAGUAGCUACUGCGCUGAAGGGGGCUACAGUAUUGCUGUGUUGAGUAGAGACUGACAACAGAAAGUAGCCACUGCGCUGAAGGGGGCUACAGUAUUACUGUGUUGAGGAGAGAGUGGUACCCUACACUAUCCUGUGCUACUGUUGCUGCUACGGCCAUGGGGACCAGGGUCCUGCUUCUCUCCAUCUUAAUGAUUUCUUUCAACUGGUCCAUGGGGGCUGUCAUCACUGGGGCGUGUGAUAGAGAUGUUCAGUGUGGGUUUGGUCUAUGCUGUGCUGUCAGCCUGUGGCUUAGGGGACUGCGGAUGUGUAUACCACGAGGGGAAGAGGGGGACGAGUGCCACCCCUUCAGUCACAAGGUGCCCUAUCCAGGAAAAAGACAGCAUCACACCUGUCCAUGUCUUCCUCAUUUGGUCUGUACCAGCUACACAGGUAGCACAUACAGGUGUACCAAAGACUUCAAAAACCUAGACUUUUGAUGACAGGGGAGGAAGAAGAGGAGAGAGAAGAAGAGGAGAAAGAUGGGAAACAAUGAAAGCAGCACAUUCAAUCACACACGACCUUCACUCUUUUCCUUCUACUUAGUCUUUGUUCUAUAUACUAUAGGAACUGUUAUAUUUCAUGAGAAUAUAACAUCUGUAAAUACACCUCACUGUGCCCCACUGGCCACCAAAGACAUACCAAGACAAUAUAUACAUGCUAAACUGUGCCAAGAAAUAUACAUAGCUAAAUGUUUUCUUUUUUAAUGUAUGUACCAAUUUUAUUUAUUUUAUUUUAUUUUACCUUUAUUUAACCAGGUAGGCAAGUUGAGAACAAGUUCUCAUUUACAAUUGCAGACUAUAGUUUUAAUACACAGGCCUGUCAAAAGCUUGAUGCAAAUCAUAAUAAUAUACGGUUUAAUUCAUAUGCAAAUGUAAUGUUUUUAUUUAUGAUCAACAUUUUUGCUAAUUAAACUCACUGUAUCAUACCACUGUAUCAUACCACUGUAUCAUACCACUGUGAAAAAUAUGUACUUACACUGUGUGUUGUUAUGUAAGUAAUUAUGUAAGUUAUAUAUACACUGAACA